CAAGCACCCUUAACCAACUACAGUUCCCAGAAUUUUUUAAGGGGAACUGAUAGAUUUCUAGUUCUAAUUAAUUAAUUGAGCAGUGACGGAGGUUAACGGGCUUUGCCAUAGAGAUAUGAAAAACAUAUAGACGUGUGGAUCUGUUUAACUUGUUAUCUCUUUGGUUGAGGAGGAGCCAUGUUUUCAGCUCCUCCCUAUCUCAAGCCAGGCUUCGCCUUCUUGUUCUCGGGGCCUGCUGUAGCCACUCUUUCCUAACUUUAUCCUCCCGAGGGUGACCGAUCUCUUCAGUUCUUUAGCGGACUCUGUCGUUUCUGAGGCAGGCGCUUAUGAAUAAUCAAGAACGUUAAUGAAUAUUCAUCCACUCCUUGAAUGGGGGCGGGACCAGACCGGAGCACCCGGGGGCCGCUUGGACUUUGGCCUGCUGAGUGAGAUUCCGACUUAAGAGUUGACGGGGCUUUGUGACCUGGUUCAGCUCAUUCAUGGCUCCCAGGACAGCAGCGUUGGGGAGUGCCCGCCCCCGGCUAGAUCGGCAGUUUCUCCAGCGCUUUUUAAAGAUCCAAGCAAUUUUAUUUCCUGCAUGCUCCUCCAAGAAUACACUGAUGUUCCUCACUUUGCUUAUAGUUGCUCUGUUGGAGCAGCUGGUCAUUUACCAGGUGGGAUUGAUCCCCAGCCAGUAUUACAGAGUUCUAGGGAACAAAGACUUUCAUGGAUUCCAGACAGUGACAGCAGUUGCUCUGAUUUUUAUUAUAUUGAUCUCUAUGUUGAAGAGUUUUGACCAGUUCAUCUGCAGCCUGAUGUAUGUGAGCUGGAGGAAGACUCUCACUGAAUAUCUCCAUGGCUACUACUUUCAGGGCCAGGUGUAUUAUACCUUGAAUAUUCUUCAUGAGAAAAUCGAUAAUCCAGACCAGAGAAUCAGUCAGGAUGUGGAGAGGUUCUGCAAACAGCUGAGCUCCAUGGCCAGUAAGCUCAUCAUCUCUCCCUUCACCCUUGUUUACUACACCUACCAGUGCUUUUACAGCACUGGCUGGUUGGGCCCAGUGAGUAUUUUUGGGUAUUUUAUCAUUGGGACAAUUGUCAACAAAAUCGUAAUGAGCCCCAUUGUUUCAAAACUGGUCCACCAGGAGAAGCUGGAGGGUGACUUUAGGUUUAAGCAUAUGCAGCUACGGGUGAAUGCUGAAUCUGCUGCAUUUUACAGAGCUGGGGAAGUUGAGCACAUGCGAACCAACCGCAGGCUGCAAAAUCUCCUGCAGACACAGAGAGAGCUGAUGAGCAAGGAGCUGUGGCUGUACAUUGGAAUCAACACUUUUGACUAUCUGGGCAGUAUCCUGAGUUAUGUGGUGAUCGCCAUUCCCAUAUUCAAUGGAGUCUAUGGUGAUCUGGAUCCAGCAGGACUGAGCUCCUUGGUUAGCAAGAAUGCCUUUGUCUCUCUGUAUCUGAUUGGCUGCUUUAGCCAACUCAUUGACCUCUCCACCACUGUGUCUGACGUAGCUGGCUACACGCACAGAAUUGGGGAGUUGCAGGAGAUGCUGCUGAAACUUUCCAAGAAACAAAAUGACAGUGAACCACAAGCCAAAUGGGACUUCAACAGUGAUUCUAAAGAGCAGAUGGUCUCAAGUGACACAGCUUUUCUCCUGGAGCAAGUUUCCCUUACUGCUCCUUCUGAGAAGCUGCUCAUCAAGGAUCUAAACCUGAGAGUCACACAAGGGAACAAUCUACUGAUUACUGGGAAUACGGGCACAGGGAAGACAUCUUUGCUGCGUGUUCUUAGUGGCCUCUGGGAGAGCAAGCAGGGGGAUGUCCACAUGUUGACUUGCUUUGGCCCCCAUGGGAUGGUGAUCUUACCACAGCGGCCUUUCUUUACGGAUGGGACCCUGCGGGAACAGGUGAUAUAUCCUCUGAAGGAAAUCUAUCCAGCUUCAGGGUCUGCAGAUGAUGAACGGAUUCUGAGGUUCCUGGACUUGACUGGGCUGUCUGAUUUGCUAGAAAGGACAGGCGGUUUGGACCAGCCAGUGGACUGGAACUGGUAUGAUAUUUUGUCUCCAGGUGAGAUGCAAAGGCUGUCCUUUGCCCGACUCUUGUAUCUACAGCCCCAGUAUGCAGUGCUAGAUGAAGCUACCAGCGCCCUGACAGAGGAUGCAGAGAAUGAGCUGUACAGCAUCUGUGCACAGCUGGAGAUGACUCUGGUCAGUGUGGGACAUCGCAGCAGCCUGGAAAAGUUUCACAGUUGGAUCUUGAACCUGUGUGAAGAAGGGAAGUGGGAGCUAAGGAGAAUCAAGAAAGACUGAGCCACUCCUUGACCUAUCAUGGACAUGCACAAAAAGAAUGCAAUUAAAGCUUUGGCUGGGUUACAUACCAAAGUGCCUUGAAAUCAACACGCCUUACAGGAAGCCUCCGAUUGAAAGAUUUUGGAAUUCAAAACCAGCAGGUGCCAAUAAGGCUUCUGUGACCAAAAGGCCUCCAGCUUGUUUUGAAAGAGCUGGGGAUUUCUUCUUUUUUCUCUUUUUUCCCUUUUUAUAUAAAUGGCUUCCAGUACGUUGACUACUGUAUUUCCUACUAACUAAUUCUCCCAGAGGGAGGGCAGGGGACUCUGCUGCUUCCCUCCUUGCAUCUUGUUUAAGUGAAAACAACAUUGAAGCAAUGCAGCAGGGACCUUGCUGGAGUUGUGCUGGGCUGUCCUCGCUAGGUCAGCGAGUGGAGCAGGGUCCAUCUCACCUGAGCCUGAGAAGGCUGUAUUUGUUUCAGUAUGGGAGCUUUGGCUUGGUUGCCUCAGCCAGGAGCCUCCAUGAGAAGAGAACUUGGUUGUCAACAAGUGCAAAAAUACAUACUUGCGUUGUUUAGGAAGUUUACCAGAAAUGUAGCUUUUUCACAGAUUCUCCUUUAGAAGAGGAAUCUAUUUUAGAUCAAAUGAGCUUUUAUUAAGAAGCCUGAAAGUGGUGGAGAUCUCAGCCCUUCAUGCCAUAGCAAUGCACUUCCGAUACAUGUUUAGUUUCCUUGAAGGGGCAGAAAUGCAACUGGUAGGACUCACAGAAGACAAGAAAUCAGCAAGGCUGCAGUACAUGGCACACGUGCAGAAGCAGACUUCCAUACCUACAGCAGGUACCAAGCCACGCUGAAGUGACUGGAUGUGUCCCUUUGAGACAGAUGGGGAUGUGCAUACCUGUCAAAAACUACAAAUUGUGCAUGACCAGUGCUAUGGGAUAUAGCUAUCUAGCGGAGAAUCUAUAGGCUAAUGCCAAUUUGCAAGGGAAACAUUCUUGGGGUUUAUUUGGAUUUUUUAAAAAGAAUAUUUCUAGUCCUUAUUCUGUUAGAAUAAUAAAGUGAAAGAGUGGUUGUGAAAAGGAAA